AUGGGUUGUUUGUAUUGUUUUCAAUGCCGGUUUCUUUUGAUGAUUUCAUGCUUUGAUGCUUUUAUAACCGCCGGGUUGAUGCUGACAAAUUCGGAAGUUGAGGGCGUAGAUGUCGCUAAUUCGGACGACCGAUCGGCCGAUAUUGAGCUUGAAUUAACGACAUGCCUUCGAAGACUCACCAAUGGGCACAAUGCAAUGUCUAGGAGUACCGUGAAUUACUCUGACGAAGGAGUUGCAAUGGUCCGCGACAUCCUGUUCAUCCAAGGCCUUUUUUGUCUAACUUCUGUCAUCGAGCUCUGCAUGAAAGGUUCAUCUUCAAUGCAACUUCGGCAUCCGUCAGCUGUCUUUCUUUCAAGUUCGACUGUCCUCUAUUGUCUUAUUGUAGGUUCUCGCGUUUACUCGAUCUUCAACGGGCCAGAAUUGGUAGGUUACCAAACACUCACAAUGCCAUAUGCUUCAGCGGCAGCCACCCCCCAAAACAAAAACCACUCCACCCUCAACCUCCCACCCAGUCACCCCGAUGGUACAAGAGAUAUGAAGUCUUCUUUAGCUACGACCUUGGCGGUUCAUGCAGUAAUCCUCGGUCUGGUGUCGCUUAAUGAAGAAGGGCAAUGUUUGUGCGACCACGUGAGUGAGGAGGGUAGCAUUGGGGAGAUAUGUAUGCAUAUUGGACUGUAUCUUGCCAUAUUCUUAUGGCUAAACUCGAACGGGAGUUUGAAUCACCUCAAAUUCCUUAACAUAUCAACUUUUCCUAACACCCCUCAGUUAACAUCAUCCCGUGCUACGCCGGUAUGGGACGUAUCAAUUCAAUUUGAUCUGAUCUGGUAUCUUAAGCGCAUCGCUACCUUCGCUAUCACCCAUCUUACCUCCCCUCAAAGCCACUGGCGCAAACUCGUUAACGCACUCGCUUGCUUGAUGAAAGAAACCACAUCCCAAACUCCAACCAGACCAGACCAGACCCAUACCGCAGACGCCAGGUUCCCCAGAAAAGCGUAUUUUCAGAAUGGUACGCUUUGCUGUGAGAUGGAAAGGCAGAAGAUGACCAGGACUGAAUGUAAGAAUAUGGGACUGGAGGGGGAAAAGAGGGGAGAUGAUCUGAAAGGACCAUGGUACACAUGUGUGGCAUGGGCGUAUUGGCGGCCAUUCCACAACCAUCGGCGUUUUGGAUAA